AUGACACAUUCUCCUCGUGUUGGACCCGUUAGGUUAGAGAGCUCUCAGGUACCGAGGUUCAGUUAUUGUAUGAAAGCAACACUAAUGUUACCAAUGUAUCAGGCAGCUGGAACAAUUAGAGAAAAUCGCAGUGCUGGAGCAGCAAAAGCCUUGUCGGCCACAAAAGAACUACAAAAGAUGGAGAGGGGCACAUUUGAUCAACGCUGUGAUGGGAAAGUCUAUGUUGCAAAAUGGAAUGACAAUGCUGUUGUGGGCAUUGCAAGUAAUUGCGUAACUCAUGAUCGUGUCCAUACAGUGAAGAGGCGAGUGAAAGAUGGAGUAAAAGAUGUUUCACAGCUGCAUCUCAUCAAUUCAUGCAACAAAGGAAUGGGUGGUGUUGAUCUUAUGGACCGACUUUCUGCUUCAUAUCGCCCAAUGAUUAGAGGGAAAAAUGGUACUGGCCCUUAUUUUUCAAUGCAGUAA